AUGGCGGCCGCAGACGAUGACUCCUCCGACCUCUCCUCCUUGUCCUCCCUGUCGCCAGCGCCCUCGGACGAUGAGAUGGACGCGGGCGCCGACGCGGCGAAGCCCAAGGGCCGCAAGUCGGGUAUCCUAAAGUUCUUUCCGAAGCUAUCGGAGCAGGCCCCCAAGGAACCCUCGCCACCGCCGCGCAAACGAUCCCCGUCCCCGCCGCACGAGUACGUGCUCGCAGAUAAUCCUGACAUUGCGUUCAUUGUCAUGUUUCGAAACCGAUUCAACGAUGCCUUUCCGAAAUCUCUUGCGCACUUUGGACCUCAGGAGCUCGAACGCGACAUUGUCGAGUCUAUACCUGGCGACCGCGUCGAGCAUUUCCUAUGCGCGGUGCUCGGCUUAUUGCUGAACCGCAAGCAAGAUGUCAAGCCAGGGCAUUACGGGCGAGCUCUAGAAGACGCGAUUGCUGGUAACCGAAACCAGUGGCCCGCGGCUUGGGAAGACAAGAGCCCGUUGUCGGGCAACGCGACUUUCAACUCCAUGAUCCCCACGGAAAGGCUCACCCUACUGCGAACCCUGAUACUCUGGGCCAUGGCCUCGUCCGACGCCCUCAAGGCCCUCAUCAACCAGUCGUAUAAGCAAAACCGGCACGAGGAUGACCUGAACCAGCCAAGAGCUGUGCAACCCUGGGGCUCAGACGGCGACAAGCGCCGCUACUUCCUUGUCGAGGGCCAGGAUGACACCCACUUUCGCGUCUACCGCGAGAGCAAUCCAGCAGGCACCAAUCGGACGUGGUGGAGCGUCGCUGGCAGCAUCGAUGAGCUGAAGGCUUUGGCCGAGAAACUCGAUACCAAGGAUGGUGGUCCCAAAGCCAGGAAGCUCAGCCACAAGAUCCUUCAGGUCAUCCCACGAUUUGAAGCAGGGGAAGAGAAACGCAAGCGCAGGGAGUACCGACAGAUGCGCAAGGAGCAGUUUAAGCGGCCAGAGCCCGGCUUCUCGCUAUACGAAGGCCGCACACGUGGCAAGCGCAUCAAGUACACGUACUCGGACGACGAGGACAUGUAUUCCGAUUCCACUGGUUAUCGGCGCUCUGCACGCAACACUGGCACGACUACACCCGCCGAAACGGGACCGGUGACUACAUCGAGUGGGCGACAAAUUAGGGCUCCGCCGCGACUGAACAUGGUGGCUGGUGACAGCGCCCCGGGAAGUGUGCAUGGCGAUGGUUCGGAGGCCGACAGAGACACAUCUGCGGGACCUUCGGGACGACCCAGACGCUCCGCCGCAGCACAACGCGGUAUGAAUAGCUGGGACGAGGGCCAGUCGCAGCGCCCAUCUGCCGGCACGGAUGAUGAGGAGAGCGAGGCCGAAUUUGGAGAUGACGAGGAGGAUGCUCACGUUCCCGAGGAAUCGGAGGAUGAGGACGAAUUCGACGACGACGAAGCCAUGGUAGAAGAUGACUUGGACGACCAUCCGCAAAGCUUGGUGGUGAAGCUCUCGGUCACACCGCCAAAGCUGAGAACCGCCCUGGCUCCAGUGGGCCAGGCCACUGCGAUGCUGCCCACGCCUGAAGCCCAGGACUGGAAGAGUAACGUGAGCACACCGAGAGGGCCGGCAGUUGGGAUGGAGGAGUCACCCGUUCAAGACUCGAUCUCGGUCGCCGCCGGGACAGUGAAGGAGGUCACGGAUGCCUCCCCUCUACCUGCUGAAGCUGAGAGGCAGGCGACGCCGCCACUCUCAGAUCAACGAUUCGAGCUGCAGCGCCCCAAUACGAACGGCUCAAUGGCCGCAGCGUCCCUGGCGUUUCGUGGAAGCCCGGAAAAGCCACAGACCCAGCCGUUGCCGCCUGCGGUCGUCAACAUGGCGGGUCAAGAGUAA